AUGGCUGCAACCACUAACGGCGAUGCAGCUGCGGUUUUGGACGAUAUCAAACCUCCCCAGGGCGUCGUCCUCCCUCCUAAGGAAUUCAGAACAAUCCUCGAGAAGACCGCCGGUUUCGUCGCACGAAAUGGAGUCGCGUUCGAAGACCGUAUCCGGGAGAAGGAGAAAAACAACACCAAAUUCAAUUUCUUGAACACUACCGACGCUUACAACCCUUUCUACCUAUGGAGAUUGAGCGAGAUCAAAGAAGGCCGCGGUACCGCCAUCGCGGCCGGCCGAGCGGGAGAGGCGGCGGCCGUUGUCGAUGAGAAGCCUAAAGGCCCCCCGAAGCCUCCGGAUUUUCAGUACUCUGCGCGUAUGCCAAACAUCAGCGCCCAGGAUCUCGAGGUUGUGAGACUGACUGCGCUGUUUGUCGCGAAGAAUGGCCGACAGUUCAUGAUCGCUUUAUCGCAACGAGAGGCCGGCAACUACCAGUUUGACUUCCUCAGACCCAACCACAGCCUGCACAACUUCUUUCAACACCUCAUCGACCAGUACUCAAUGUUAUUACGGGCCGGCGGCAUUGACGGGGAAGGCGGCCGAGUCCAGCAAGAAAGAGUUUCUGAGCUGCAGCGCAAUGUUGACGACCGCUUCCACAUCCUGCAACGGGCCAAGGAUCGAGCAGAAUGGCUCAAGUACCAAGAGACUGAGAUACACAAGAAGGAGGAGGAGGAGGAAAAGGAACGGGUCACGUAUGCUCAGAUUGACUGGCAUGACUUCAUCGUUGCCGAGACCGUCGUCUUCACCGACGCUGAUGAUCAAGCCAACCUCCCUCCACCCACUUCCCUCAACGAAUUGCAAUACGCCUCACUUGAGCAGAAGGCCAAUCUUUCCGUCGGUGCUAACAUGCGCAUCGAGGAGGCCAUGCCUACAGAUGAAGACAAUGCCUACAAUGGCUAUGGAGCCCAGCCUAAUUACAACCUACCACAUAAUCCUGGAUACCCUGCGCAGCCGUAUCAAACGGCCCCAGCGCCGCCUCAGCCUGGUUAUCAAAUGGCCCCGCCGCCGCGGCCAAAUGGUGUCCAAGAUGAGGAGGAAGCACAGAGAAUACGGGAGCGAGAAGAAGCUCGGAUGCGAAUGCAACAAGCCCAUGCCGAAGCAAAGGGUGGUGUCGCCCCGAUGAAAAUCAAAGAGAAUUACGUUCCACGUGCCGCAGCCCGAGCAGCUAACAGGCAAGGAACACAGAUGGCCCUCUGCCCGAACUGCAAGGAACAAAUUCCGAUGAAUGAGUUGGAGGCCCACAUGAGAAUCGAGUUGUUGGAUCCCCAAUGGAAGGAGCAGAAGGCGAAGGCUGACAUGCGAUACGCGACGACAAAUUUGUCGCAUGCUGACAUGGCCAACAACCUCAAGCGCUUCGCCAGUCAACGAGGGGAUCUAUUCGAUGGAGUCACGGGGCAACCCGUCGCCGACGAGGAACUAGCGAGAAGGAAACGGGCAGCGAUCAACAGUUUCGAUGGCAACCUCGAGGGCAGAAGCCAGGCGCAUAUCAAUCACAUGCAGAACGUCAAUGUCGAUGAACAGAUCGCUCGUAUUCACCAGAGGUUUGCGAGCAAUGGCCAGCAGGGCCAAUGA